AUGCGUCCUGCUCGUGCUGUUUCUCCCCCUCAGUCUGCAUGUCGUCACGAGUCCGCCGGUCCACCGGAGUAUUCCAAUUCGUUCUCCUCGUGUACGCAGUUACGGCAAGCGCAAAGCCUAGCUUCUCUGCCAACUUCCACGGCACUGGGAGAUGUGGCCGAUACGGGACCACCGGUUGCUCCUACAGAAGACCAAUCUGUGAUUACCCUGAGUGAUAUCGGUACCACUGGAACCCAAUCGAAUUGUAGGUGA